GAUGAGGAAAGCAAUGUGGGUCCGUACGACGCAACAUUCUGAACAUCGCUAAAUUCUCUCGCGAAAUAGAAGUAAAACGAACUAGAGACAGAUUGAAGAUGAUGCUGAAAACCGCUUCUAGAGGCAUCAUCCUUUUAGUUGUGCUUGUCAAAUCAGUCGCAGGGCAAGAUGACGAUUCUUUGGCUAAUACCUUCUUAUCAGGAUUUUUAAAUUCUUUAACGAGCACGGCGAAAAUCGCCGAUUGUCCGGGAGUAUGUGUACACGCAUUAGCAACGUUAAUGUGCGACGAUGUUCUCGAAGACGUACAAUGUCCCACGACCAGCAUGCGAUGUUGCCUACAGGACUCAAUAAACAGCACAAGUUCUUCCGAAAACGUCAUCGAUGAUGAAGGGUCACUAUCGGCUGAAUCCAUGACAACGAUCAAAAAUACGAUUCCUACGACGACACCCACGACAACUACCACGAUGCUUGGUGCAUCGACUUCCUCCACUUCAAUAAAACCUAUGCUGGUAAAUUAUAAUGAGACGAAUGAAAAGUCAUCCAUAACAACUUGUUCGGGUAUCUGUAUGGCCGAGAGAAUCGCAGAUUAUUGUGAUGCUGUAUUGAUGAUAGAAACCCUGUGUAAGUCGGGUUACAAAUGUUGCGUGUCCAGAGAUGCCUUUGGGGAUUCUCCACCGCCUGAACUCUUGGUGAUCGAUCGCUUGAAUUCUUCUCGCUAUGAUGAAAAAAACGAUAGCGGAGCUUUCAGCGAAGUUUCAUCUCCAUCGACGACAAUGAAAUCAAAUAUAUCGACUGAUGUUCCUGCAAUCGCUACAAUGAUAAUAAAAACGACGACAACGACGAUGAUGACUACUAAACAACCAUCGACGAUAACGACGACGAUGAGGCCAACAUUAAAACCAUGCAAAGGAAAGUGUACGAACGUACUUUCGGCACUCUUUUGCGAUAAUAUUGAUGGAGAUGCAGAUUGUCCUGCUGAUGGAUCCGUGUUGACAGUUUGUUGCGUUAAUGAAUCAUCAUCACAAAAAAUAGAAACAACGACGACAAUUCGACCGUCCACAAAGGCUCCUCAACCGAAGUUACCGCCAUGUCCUGGCUUUUGCCUGAUGAUAAUUAUGGCAGCUUUUUGCGAACGGCCAAAUGUGAUCAUAGCUAAAACAUCGACCUGUCAAUCUGGCUCCAUCUGUUGCGAUAAUACAAAAAGUCCACCGCAGACGCUAAAACCAAAGCCGAGACCUACCUCGCGAGUACCGACACCUAUGUCGUUACCACCGGAUCCACGCUCGGAAUGUCCCGGUUCCUGUAUUGUAUCUUAUUUAUCGUUUACUUGCUUCAGAAAUGCCGAACUGACAAAUUUAUUCAAGUGCAAAAAACAGGGAUAUCAAUGUUGCGCACCAAAAUCUUUGAUAAGGGAAUUGCACGAUGGAAAUUCUACGGAACCAAUUUUGACUAAUAGAAAUGAUACAUUCCACAUUACUUCCCGACCUUACACAACCCCGUUUACUACGUCGAUUUAUGAAACAACAACAAUUACCAGUACUAUCAAAAGUCCAGUGUACAGUAAAUAUGUUUGUGGCGUAAAAGGGACUUCUCGCGGUCCGAUUCAAGCACGAAGUUCCGAGAGAAUUGCACGUGUCGUAGGUGGUGAAGAUGCAGACGCUAAUGAAUGGUGCUGGCAGGUCGCCUUGAUAAACUCCCUUAACCAAUAUUUAUGUGGAGGAGCACUGAUAGGGACGCAGUGGGUCCUCACUGCAGCGCAUUGCGUUACGAAUAUCGUGAGAUCCGGCGAUGCGAUUUAUGUAAGGGUGGGUGAUCACGAUCUAACUCGCAAAUACGGAAGCCCCGGUGCCCAAACCUUGCGGGUCGCAACGACUUAUAUUCAUCAUAACCAUAAUAGCCAAACGCUUGAUAACGAUAUCGCUUUGCUAAAACUUCACGGUCAAACAGAACUAAAGGAUGGAGUUUGCUUAGUUUGUUUGCCGGCACGAGGUGUCAGUCACACAGCUGGCAAAAGAUGUACAGUUACUGGUUAUGGAUAUAUGGGAGAAGCUGGACCUAUACCUCUUCGAGUUCGUGAAGCAGAGAUACCCAUUGUAAGUGAUGCUGAAUGCAUAAGAAAAGUAAAUGCCGUAACCGAGAAGAUCUUUAUUUUACCAGCAAGUAGUUUCUGCGCCGGUGGUGAACAAGGAAAUGAUGCUUGUCAGGGCGAUGGUGGUGGCCCGUUGGUAUGUCAAGAUGAUGGUUUCUAUGAGCUUGUUGGACUAGUAUCUUGGGGAUUUGGUUGCGGCCGCCAAAACGUACCUGGUGUAUAUGUAAAGGUCUCUUCCUAUAUCGGUUGGAUAAAUCAGAUAAUAUCGGUGAAUAAUCUGUAACUAUUUUGUAUGAUGAUUGCAUCGAAAUCUGAUUUACAUACAUUUAUGAAUCGAAAAAAGUUUUAUUUUCACGCUUGUACGCUAUGCUAUAUGUACAAUAGAAGCAUAGCAAGGCAAUAAUUUAUAGACAUUUAGAGAUAAACUCGAUAUCGACUGUAUAUAUCUCUAUCUGGCAUUACAAACAUAUAUGUAUA